AUGCAAUCAGAUACUGUUGAUCCCGAACAAGCUUAUUUACAUUAUCCAGACGAUGCAGUUGGAUCAACACAAAAAGUUGUUGAAGUGCAACUUUGCUUAGUUGAACUUCCGCAAGAACAGCUUGCAUCAAAUGCAGAAGCACAAUUUACUGUUAAGGAGACACAAGUAUCACUCUAACAUUAUUUAGUUGAAUCACAAUAGGAUUUACUCGAACUUCCACAUAUACAAUCUGAUACCGUUGAUACUGAACAAGCUUAUUUACAUGAUCCAGAUGUAGCAGCGAUGUCCACACAGUAUGUAGAGCUCAGGCAUUCUACUUAAUCUGUUCCACACAAGCAUGAAUUUGAGUUUAAAUUUUAAGAACAUUUUUAUUUACAUACUCCAGUUGAGGCUGAUACAUCACUGCAUACUUCUGAUGAGCCACAAGUCACUAAGGUAGAUGUUCCACAUAUGCAGUUUGAUUUUUUUGAAGAAGAACAAGCUGUAGUUUAACAUUUUGAAUCAACCCAUUCAUAUGGUGAAAUGCAAUCAGAUUAGCUCCUAAAUAAAGUUGCAUAGCAAGCUCCACUUUAUGCAUAGCAUCCAAAGUAGUUAGAACAGAUUGAAGUGCUUAAUGCCCCACAAUUUAUACACUAAUUGCUAGUGGAAAGACCACAUCCUGUUGAAAUGCAUGAAGAAAUUGGUACACUAGAGCAUUUUGUGCAAGCUGAGUUAUACCACCCACACAUAUUUCUACAAUCAGCUUAAUCCCAAUCUGAACAUUAAUAACAUCCUCCAUCAGACCACCAAGCACAACCUGUUUCUGCCUCACAAACUGCUAAAUCAGUGGAGUCACAAACAGCAGAUGCUUUUUGUAAUGUAAAAAAAAGAAGAACAAAGGAAAUCAUAAAAUGCUAAUAAAAUUUCAUAUUAUUGUAUUGUAAAAUGCUAACUGAAGAUUUAAGAUAUGAUCUCAUAUGA